CAUGAUGCCGAGUACAAGCACUUGGCCUGGCUGCGGGAGGUGGAGGAGCAGGGCUUGAGGAUGCUGGAUAGCAACUUUGGGGCUGAACCUGAAUUAAUGCCCAAAACACCAUCACAGAGGAGACGUCCAAAGAAAAGGCAGUCCUCCUGCCUGAAUUACGAAAAUACGGAGCCAAACAGGAGGAGGUUGUCCAGAAGAAGAAGCAGCAUCAAGCCAGCAUCUUCCAAGCCAAGUUCCCAAAAGCGCCACAGCAAAGAGCAGCCCCAGAACACCGUCCGUCAGGGGGAAGAGGUGUCUGUGCCCAACUGUGUGGUGAGGUCUCAGGCCAGCGUUAAAACCGAGCUCCCAGCACUGACUGGGAAAUGGCCAGCAGAAGCACAAGCUCCUGUGGCGAAGACGGAUUGUCAGGACUGCCCUCAGGGUGCUGACAGCAGUGAUGCAGCCUGUAAGGCUGUUAUGGGGGAGCAGUUGUCCAAGGCGGAUGCAGCCACUGAGCUGCACGAUGUGUCUUCAGUUGCUGCAAUCCUGGCUGGCCAGACAGCGAGGGAGCAGGAGGAGGCCCCCAAAAGAAGAGCAAGUACCUCCACUCCCAGAGUUGCUAGAAAUGGAGAUCCUGCCAUGCUCCAAGGAGAUCGAUCUCCUGGCCUCGAAAAGGUGCUUUUCCAGGACUCUGACAGCAAAAUAACUACAGUGAGAUCCAAAACGCGUCAUAGCUCUGGACGCCGAAGUUUUGUGGGUGGCCCCCACAAGAGCCGUAGGGCCUCCUUGGCAGAAAAAUAUUCACUGGCUAGCAAAAGAGAGAGAAUGAUACGGAGGUCUAUCAGCAGGGCCAUUUCAAAGAAGGCAGCAGCACAAGAAUCAUCCUCUGCCUCCAGCAGAGUGAGCUGUCAAAGCUCCUUGGAGGUUUUUGUGGAAGAAGAUGCGACCAACAGCAUGAGAGCUGGACUGGAACUGAAUUCCCCAAGUGAAAAGACUCAUGAAGACGUCCUCAUUUCUAGCAAAAAUAUGCAAGCUGCCAGCCCUCCUGCACAGCACUUAUCUCCUCCUGAGCAGCAGGCAGGCAACAAUGAAGGAAGCUGUGUAAAUCCGAACAGUGAACCCCAGAAUGAGAACCAGGAACAACCCCACUAUGCCAAGUCCCAGGAGAAUCCCUCACGCAUCUGGACAAGAAGCUAUAAACAAGCACUGGGUGUUGUAUGGAAUGGGCAGCAGCCAGGGGGUCAUACCCUUUCCCCUUUAGAUGACAAGCAGAAGAAUUCAGCAAACCAGACUCCAGCUUCUUCCUCUCCAGCUAGCAAGGUUGUUAGACCAUUGAAAAACUUCCUGCAGGCUGUGCAACGAAACCAGCUACUCGCAAGCCCCGGGCCCACAGGACAUGGGGGUGUCAUAAAGAACUUCAUCAAACGCAAUACUCCCACCCGACCUGAUCUUAAGGAGAAAGAGCGGCAGAGACUGGAAAGCCUCAGGAAGAAGCAGGAAGCUGAGGAACAGAGGAAACAGAAAGUGGAGGAGGAAAAGAGACGGCGGCAGGCAGAAAUGAAGCAGAAGCGGGCAGAGCGUCUGUGGAACGCUCGGGAGCGGGUAGAACAAAUGGAAGAAGAGAAGAAAAAGCGGAUGGAGCAGAAGAUUUUACAGAAUGAUGAGAAGAUGCGCCUGUCACACGUGCGGGAAGAGAAAGUGGCAGAGGAGCGGAGCAAGAAAAAACUGUCGAAGAAGCAUGGGGAAGCUGAUGCAUGGAAGCAGAAAGCACCGAAGGUGGAGGAAAAUGAAUUUGAGCAGCAAGAACCACUGCAGAAAAGGAGAGAGGAUGAAGUGAAAGAAAAAGGAAAGAAAGUCUUGGAACUGAAAAAUCUUGUAGAGCAGCAACAGGUGGAACAAGUAAAGGAGAGGUUUGGGGAGGAAGAGAGCCCGAAAGAGCUGCACCAGCUGCCUGGGCAGGAGAAGAGAGCCAAGCAACCAGAAUCCAUUGCUGUGGCUUCUAAUCCGUGGCGCAAAGUGGUAAAGGAGGAAGAUGGUCUGCAGGAGCCCCAGCAGCAGCUUGGAGAGGAGAAAAAAAUCAAGCCACCAGAAGCAUUGACUGCUGCCUCCAGCAUGUGGCUGAGCAAAACUGUGAAG